GAAUUCACGUAACCUCUCUAUAAGACUACAAAGACAAAGCCAUAUCUCAAGAAAGAAACAAACAUGGUGGUGUGUAUCCAAUCUCAAUCCAUUGUCAUCCCUUCCAAACCCACCCCUAGUACAAAACUCUUUUCAUUAUGUGAACAAAUCAAGCUUCGCACUCAUGCUCCUCUCCUCUACGUUUACAAUCCUCAUAAAAACAUAUCAACCUUCCUUGAAACACUUAGAAAAUCUCUUAGCCAAGUUUUGGUUAUUUACUAUCCAAUAGCUGGGAGGUUAAGUUGGAUCAAAGAUGGAAGAUGGGAACUUAAUUGCAACGCCAAAGGAGCAAUUCUAUUAGAAGCUAAAUGUGAAGCUAACUUGAAAGAUUUGGGUGAUUUUGUGCCGAAUAAUUUGGUGUCACAACUUAUACCAAACAUUAAUUAUGAUGUUCCAAUUGAGGAUAUUCCGUUAUUGGUGGUGCAACUUACGAGAUUCCGUUGUGGCGGUUUUACGUUAGGCGUUGCUUUCUGUCGAGGUGCAGCCGAUGGAACGGCUGCCAUGCGUUUCAUGAGCGCAUGGGCUAAGUUGGCGCGUGGGGAGAAUUUGGACUCUAAUGACUUUCCAUGUCACGAUCGAACUUUGUUAAUAUUGCAUUUGCAUUCUGAGUUUGAAGCGCCUCCUAAAUGGAUAGGUCAAGAUUUGGGAGACGACACAGAAACAAGUGUUGUUAUUAUGAAACUCACGCGAGAACAAGUUUUAAAACUAAAGAAAAACGUUAGUUCUCGCGGGAGUUUACAAUCCACCUCUAAAGAUGUUCAUAAGACAAAACCUUUUACAUCUUUCGAGGUUAUUGCAGGACAUAUUUGGAGGUGUGUUAGUAAAGCACGCUACACGCGUGGAAAUAGUGACCAACCCACAAGGUUGUCCACUUUGAUUAAUUGUAGAAAUCGUUUAAAACCACCUCUUCCUAGUAGUUAUGUCGGAAAUACAGCAUUUCCAACCGUGACACCAACUCGCUCGUUUAAUGAUCUUAUUCGCAAGCCUUUACGUAAUGCAGUUGAGGAUGUUCGAGCCGCGCUUGAGAGGGUGACAGGGGAGCAUGUAAUGUCAGCACUUGAUUACAUAGAUAGGGAGAAGGACAUGGAAUUAUUAAGAUAUAACUUUCACUACCCUGCAAAGAGUGUGUGUGAGGAGGGACAAAACAAAGGGAACCCAAAUCUAUUUGUUGUAAGUUGGAUGAAUUUUUCAUAUAAAGAAACAGAUUUUGGAUUGGGAGAGCCUUUUUAUUUUGGGCCAGGGUACAUGGAUUCUGAAGGGAAAGCAUUUGUUAUGAAUAAUAAUGGUGAUGGUGAUGGUAUUGUGGUGGCAAUUUCUUUGGAGGCAUCUUUCAUGGAUGUGUUCAAGAAAAUAUUUUAUGAGGAUAUCGAAGAGGUGUUUUGUAGUUCUAAAUUGUGAUGGGUGUGGUCCCAAAAUAUGACACCUAGCUAAAUUUGGUUAAGUUGAUUUUAUGAGUCAUGGAUAAAGAGAUUUGGUUGUAUUACUAAAUAAUGUUGGUCAAAAAAAGUCGUGCAGUUGUUUUGAUUAGUUUGUUUACUUAUGUUAUAAAAAUAUUAAUUGUUUUUCUUUUUAAAGAUAAAUUUAUAAAAUUAUUUUAAUUGUCAACAAA